UAUACGCGUAAUUACAUUUCGUGAGAAAAAUAAGAGACAUCAUAACUAUGUGAAAUUUAAAUUUAUUUUAUUGCUGAAGAACGUACAGUUAUAAUAUAAUUCUCAGCAGGAGCAGAGUAAUAAAUACAAAAAUGAAUUCACAUAAUUCGUGUGAAGUGUGUGGAAAUAAAGACAUGGCCUUAAUCGAUGGUUUUUAUUACUGUGUGGAAUGUGGUACACAGGACACGAAUGUACGAGAAACAGUCGUUGAAAAAAGCAUAUUCGCUGAUGGAACGACUGCGUAUAGCACACGAAAAAAAAUCUUAAAAAUUAGUGAAGAUAAAGUUGAAAUGACUGGAGAAUGGUACAAGUGGCAUAUAUAUAACUUUAUCCUGUGUGGCUUAGCUGAUGAACUUAUAGAGCUCGGAGCGAAACCAAGCUUCAAAAUGAAACUACUAUGGGUAUGGUCGAACUACAUCAGGAAAUAUCAAAUAAAGGAUGACCUCGGAUUAACAUGUAAUAUAAAUGAAGAGAUGCAAUCAAAGUUACCAGGAAAAAGCAAAAGCGUUGAAAAAAUUCCUUCUGAAAACGAUGCAGAGGAUAGAUCCAAUGGAAAUAGCGGCUUAGCCACAAAGUACGUAUCGCGCCAACGAGACAUUCGGGCCAUAACUUGUGGCUUACUUGUAUCUAUGCUGUAUACAGCACUAAACCUAGACAAGAGUGAAUUACAGACGUCACAUUUAUUUCGCUAUAUCAAGGAGGGCAGACUUGAUAUAACUGAUUUCAGUAGGCACAUCCCUGACGACAUCAAUACCAAAUUAAUACCUGACUGGCCAUACUUUGUCAGGAGUUGCAGCCCAAGGAGACUGUUAAGCUCAAUCAAAUGUAGGUGGAUGACUAUGGCCUUAUUAAAUCAAUUAGAGAUAGGUCCACCGGUCUUGCCAGAUAUGAGGAACAUUGUGAAUAAUUUUAUAACCGAACUCUGUUUACCCAAUGAAUUUAAAAACUUAGUUCUCUCAUUAAUGUACAGUUUUCACAGUAUCAAAUUGCAAAUAAGUAAUGAUGAUUUGAACAAUUGUUAUAAAAUGCCUGAUUAUGAAUCUAUUGUUAUGGCAUAUAUUAUUGUAGCAUUAAAAAUAUGUUUCGGUUUAGAUGAUGAUUAUGAAUAUAGAUUGUCCAAAGCGGUUGAUAAGAUAAAUGAAAAUGAAAAAUAUUGCAAGUCCUACAAGUUAGGUUUUGCAUCUAAUAAGACUGAUAGAUUAUUUUCCUUUGAAGAUUGGAUCAAAUAUUUGCAGUUUCGAAGAAAAAUACUGUCAGUUCAUUGCAUGUUGGACACAGGAGAUGAACAUUAUCUGGAUAUGGAUGAUUACAUCUAUCUAGAGUAUUUACCAGAUAAACAAAACAACAAAAUAGAUUUAAUCGACGAGCUAUCUAUGAAUAUAUUAGAUAAAAUACCGCAAAACAAUGACAUCAGCAUUAUCCCUAAAGUGGAUUUUGGAUACAGUUUAACUCCCUUAUCUGCCUACACAGAAGUAAUAGCAAAUCACAGCACUGAUAGUAACCACAUUAUGUUACUCAGUGAAGAGUUUUCUAAAUACUCAUUAAAAUAUACAUGUGAGAAUCUACAAUUGAUAGAUUUUGAUACAUCUUCAAAUUUAAUUAAAGGUGUUGAUGUAACCAAUAAAGUGAUCAGUAACUGUGAGCUUAUGGCUUACGAUAAAAAACUAAAAUACAGUAAAGAUAUAGAAAUGGUAAUAGUCAGGAAUUGUGACAACAAAAAUUGGAUUAAAACGAACAAGCCUACUUUAGAACAUAUUGUUGACGAGAAGAAUGAAAUUCAUGACGAGAAAGCAAGCGAUCAGGGAUAUGACUCGAAUGAGAACAGUAGUGACAAAGAUGUUCCUACAGAGAGUGUUAGUGUGGUCGAAACUGAUAAGUUUGAAACUAUUGAGGAAGAAGAUGAAGAUAAGAAUAUCUUUGAUGAUGAUUUUUUGGUAUACGAAAUAAAAACAGAACCCGAGGACUCCGAUCAUGAGAACAUGGAUCCACAACGUGACGAGAAUGAUAUUUUUAAUGACGAUUUCGAUGAUCGUAACCCAGACAUGGAUGAUAGCAAAAGUGUUCACAGCUACGACUCGUUCGAAUUUAAUCCAGAAACGUUCAACAGAGAACGGGCCAUCAAAGAAUUAAUCCUCAAAGCGUGCAAAACAUAUAAAAUACCAAUACCAAAAGAGUACAGAACCACUGAACCAAGAAAGCGAAAAUCAGAGUUCUCCAACAACGAAGCCGGCGUGUCUAAAAGGCGUCGAACAGAAAAACGCGGGGAAGCUAAAAUACAAAUAAACAAAUUAUUAGAAGCGUAUUAUAGUCAAAUGGAGAGAGACGUCGUGACUCAAGUCGCGCAUGAAUUGAAAAAUGUCAUUUGGAAUUUAGAAAAUGCUAAAAACGUAACGCAAAAUCUCGAUGACAAGAGUCACGUGUCCCUUUCAACAGAAACACCAGCAGCCAGUUUCGUCGGCGCCGAUGAAGGGGCUCCAAACGAUACGAAAAAUGAACAGGAAAUUGAUUCACAAAAUACGAGUGCCACAGAUUUAAGAACAGGCGAAAACACAACAUUACAAGAAACUAAAUUGGAAAUUGUUGAAGAGAAUGAACCAAAAUUAUUUGAUGACGACAGCGAUGUUGACGUUGAUGAAUUAAUACCUAAAACGAAUCCAAAGUUUGACGAAAACGAAUAUGAUAUCAGCCAGUUGUACAUGAAGAUUGGUAAAAUCGAAACCGAGGAUAUUUGUGACUCGAUAAAGGAUGCACAAUUAACAAAAAUCAUCGAUAAAAAUAUUGAAGAUUAUAAAGCAGGAAAAAUAAUCAAACAAUCCAAAGGAGUAGACGAGAGAUCUAAUGAUUCUACCGAUUCCGAAGAUGAAGUUCCUCUUAUUGUAUUCAAGGAAGCCAAUCUAAAAGAGCCAUUGAUAAAAUUAGAAAGAAUACAAGACUUCAAAUAUUGGUUCAGACAUUACAAAUAUAAUUUUAUGGUUAAAGCCGAUAACAGAAAAGAGAAAUUCGAAUUUGAUUUGAUAAAGAACACACCGAAAACGUUUUAUUUUUUAUUGAAAGAGUGCGCAUUAAUAUCCGACAGUACACCAUUUCGUAUCUAUAAAUGUUUGUCGAGAAUAGAGCAGAGUAUUCUAAGACUAACCAAAACUUAAUUAUUCACCAAUUUGUCGUGUGUCACCAAUUUCUUUGAUAACCAAAAUGCUUGAACCUUAUUGUGAAAGUGCUAUAUUGGAACGAAGUUCCUUAUCGCGCGUUGUGAAAGGGGGCUAGACGGAAAAAAAUUCUUACGAAAAGUUGUCACGACACUUUUUAGAUCCGUCAUUCUGACCAAUCAACGUGUAGGCGCUUAUCGCGUGACAUUGCUCGUAUCCGACUGGUCCGCGUAAUGAGUACAGUUUCUCGAGAUAGCGUUUCAACAAUAGUAAUUUAGUUCAUAGUAUUGUUUUUUUCUUCUUCAUAAUGCCGUAAUUUAUUAUUAUAACUUAAAAAAAAAAUUACAAUUCCUUCACUAAUUAAUCGAAAGGAACUUCGUUCCAUCCGGGUGUCCCUUGACACCUCUGAAGUUUUUUUAUUAGGUAUUUGAGAAUUGUCAUUGUUAUUAUUACAUGCUCUUACCAAAUGACAUUAACCUGUUGUUACCUUUGAAUCUGUGAUAUUAGCUGUAAUUUUAUAAUAAAUUCUUAUAUUGGAGAUCAUCAAAUGAUUUUUAUCUUAACGUUUUCAUUAUUUUAAUCUCCAUCAUUCAAUCUCUCGCUAUGUCAAAAGUUAGGUCAUACGUUUUGCGUCCCAAGAUAUUACCGCAUGAAAUCCGGUUUUUACUAAAAAAAGAGGUAGUUCUCCGUUCUACUGUUUUUUUUACUUAUGUCGUGCUUCAAAACUUUUGAAUAAAAAUCUGAUGAUAAUUUAUCAAUUUCCAUCAAGAUUUGACCAGUCGUUAUAAUUAUGCAUGUUUUAUUGAUUUUGAGUACAUUGAAUAUACCUUCAUUUUGUUUGGUUGUUGUAUUUAAAUUUAUUUUAUUUUUUUAUAACAUUUUUUUUUAUAGCCUAUUGAGUCUUGCUGGUCUGCAAUUCCCAUGGAAACGAACUUUCUGGUUUUUUUUUUGUAAGACAGGAUAACUUGACUCACGUGUUUGUUUUGAUUUUUUAAUAGUUUUAAAUUGAAUGGAAAUUUAAAUUCUAAAUUUCGCUAAUUAUAUUCGCCAGCUCUUUAAUUGAAUUGAAUAUAAUGAGUAGAUUAACUCGGUGGUGUAGUUAGCGCCUCUGACUGUUGGGCCGAGUGUCGUGAGUUCGAUUCCUACAUCGGGCAAAAAUUAGUGUGAUGAACAGGUUUGUUUGCUCUUUGGGUGUUUAUUAUAUGUUUAAAAAUAUGUAUAACACAGGGAAUCUUAAAGCUGCCUGUCCACCGGCGCAGAUCGAGGCAGUGGAGCGGAGAAACGGAGAAAUAUUAACCAAUAAGAUUGCACAAAGUUUCCGCUCCUCUUUAGUGUACAGGGAGUUUAGAACUAAAUAGUUUAAAAAUUCAUACAAAACCGGUAAGCGGAACGGGAUAGCGGAGUGAGGCAGCGGAGAGGAAAAGCGACUGCGGGCGCAGUUUUUUUUUAUUUUCUUUUUCGUACCUCAGCUGAUAGGUAGUCUUGAGAGGCUAUUUCAGCGUAACCUUAACUAGUAAAUGAGCUCACAAAGCUGACGACGUUGCUAACACGAACCCUAGCAAGAGCCGUGCUUCGCAGAAUCUACCACCGGAUCGGAAACGCGACUCACUGAGAAGAUCCGGCGAGAAACUCAGUGGGCUGUGUCUGAGGGUUAAUUUACUCGGCGAGCCCUUGGUCACAAGCGACGGGUUCGACGAGAACGAUGACCGGUGCUUGAGGUACCUAAAAGCACCUUUAGUGGAUCGGGAGGUUCCGAAAUGACGUGUUUUGGGCGACGUCGACUGCUUUCCAUUCUGUCCGCAGGAUCGGGAAUGGGGGCGCGAGGGCAAGGUGCGCCCGUAGUGUGAACAGACUCGUCGCGUAGGUACUAAACUCCGCUCAGCAUUACUUUCUCACUCCGCUCCGAUGGACAGACACAGUACGCAACGUUCUGUUUGAAGGAUGGGCUUUAACAUUCACUUUGUGAUGUCUAUGGACUCUGGUAUCUACUUUACACCAGGUGGCUGCUAACUCGUUCGCCCAUCUACGAAAUAAAUGAAAAGAGUUUAACAAUCAACUACAUGGAACAUGGCAUCAAAUAAAAAAAUUAAAUUCCAUAAUUGAAAUUGACAAUUGCCUUAACAUAGAUAAUACACUUAAUCUGACACUGAUGUAAUCAAACUGAAGUGUGAAGUCGAUAAUCUCCCUGUACCUAUUUAAACUGGUUUAACGGUUUCAUAUUAGGAGACUCGUUUCAAAUAUGUUACGGAAUCUCACAAAAUUACUACGAAGACCGCUACCACAACAAACAAUGCUUAAACGCAAUUGGACACAAACAGGAAUGAUAAUUGUCAUUCCGCCGAGGAAUAAAUGCCAUCUUGGCGAGGCUUUGUUGCACUGCGCGUUUAUGCUCACAGUUUGGUUGACUCCAAUGGCUUACUUCAUGAGCCAAAUAAAGGUGUGGCGACGAGAAUACAUGGGCAAGUGAAUGACGAAUAAAUAAUUGAUUUCUU